AUGUCGAUGACAAUCCAAGAUGCUGGACAGGUCCGCGAAGGAUUCCCGCGCCCCUUCACCAACACCGCUACGAAUGUUUUCGAGCAGCUUAGCAUGACCGGUAAGGUCGUCGCGAUCACUGGAGCUGCUGAUGGUAUCGGUCUCGCUGUCGUUGAGGCCAUUUCUGAGGCAGGUGGAAAUGUUGCCCUUUUGUAUAACUCAAACAAGGCUGCCAUUGAGAGGUCGCAAGAGCUGGCGAAGAAACACAAUGUUAAGACUCAAGCUUACCAGGUUGAUGUUUCCGAGUCAGUGCAGGUUGAAGAGACAGUCAAGAAGGUCGUGCAAGACUUUGGCAGAAUCGAUGUCUUCGUUGCGAAUGCAGGCAUGGCCAUUUCCAAGCCCAUCUUGGAGCAAACUCUACCCGAGUAUGAGCAGCAGAUGUCCGUGAACGUAAACGGUAUCGUCUAUUGCGCCAAGUAUGCCGGGGAGUUAUUCAAGCGCCAGGGCUUCGGCAACCUCAUCAUCACCUCCAGCAUAAGCGGCCACAUCGUCAACGUUCCCGUCGACCAGCCCGUCUACAAUGGCUCGAAAGCCUACGUAACCCACUUCGGCAAGUCACUAGCUCGGGAAUGGCGUGAGUUUGCGCGCGUCAAUAUCGUCUCGCCAGGUUUCUUCGACACCAAGAUGGGCGCUAGUCCGCUUUGCAUUAAUGAGGCAUAUCGCAUGUCGCCUAUGGGACGGCAGGGACAUGUUAAAGAGAUCAAGGGCUUGUACCUUUAUCUUUCUAGCGAUGCUUCUAGCUAUAUGACUGGUAGUGAUGUUCUCAUUGAUGGGGGUUAUGUUUUGCCUUGA